UGAGAAACGAUGCAGAGGGGUGCAACUGGUCCAACACAACCACCACCACCACAAUCACAACCACCACUAUCUCUACUACCAACACCAACACUAAAGCUUUCUACCUACCACCUCCACAUCUCGCUAGAUUCACGAAAAUGGAAGAUUUUGCAGGCUCCGCAAAGUCGUUCGAAGAAGUCAGUCGUCGGUUGCACGUUCUCGCGAAUCAGAGAAUACCCAUCGAAAAGUGGUUGCUGCCACUAACCGGACCUAGUUCCGGACUGGCACAAAUUCACAUCUCUUUCUCUCUCUCUCUCCUUCUCAUUGUUCUUUGUCUCUAAUCUUUGUUUUUAUCUUCUUGGUCUUCUUUUUUUCUUCCUACUUUCCGAACUCUUUCUUUCUUUAUUUAUUUUUAUUUCUUUUUUGUCUUCAUUCCAAAUAUCCGCAUCCCGUUUGACGAAUCCUACAGACGCAAGAAGAAAAAAAUAAAGAGCGUUUUGAAAAAUCCGUUAGAAAGGAUGCAUUGAAGGAUAUUGAAAAAUAAUGUCGACAGAAGAAGCACAGGGAAAAGGCAUGACAUCCGCGAUCCUCUCCACAAUUCUUCUUCUUCUUAUUAUUAUUUUGCUACUGGAUCGCACCGCAGAUGCACAGAGAAGCUUAGAAUUCUUCGAUCUUCUUCCGGAGGAUCCAAAACUUUACGAUAAAAUGAGACCCCCGAAAAAAGAUGGACAAGCAACUGUUGUUUAUUUUCACGUCACCGUAAUGGGUCUAGAUUCGAUCGAUGAAAAUUCUAUGACUUACGCUGCCGAUAUAUUUUUUGCUCAAACGUGGAAGGACAACAGACUGAGACUACCAGAAAAUAUGACUUCGGAAUAUAGAUUAUUAGAGGUCGAUUGGUUGAAGAACAUGUGGCGACCCGAUUCCUUUUUCAAGAAUGCCAAAUCGGUAACCUUUCAGACGAUGACAAUACCAAAUCAUUAUCUAUGGCUGUAUAAAGAUAAAACGAUCCUAUAUAUGGUGAAAUUGACAUUAAAACUCUCUUGCGCUAUGAACUUCUUGAUUUAUCCGCACGACACGCAGGAGUGUAAAUUGCAAAUGGAGAGCCUGUCUCACACGACGGAUGAAAUGAUCUUUCAAUGGGAUCCCGACGUACCACUUGUCGUCGAUGAGAACAUAGAAUUGCCCCAAUUACAGCUUGUGAAGAACUACACGGCUGACUGCACGCAAGUCUAUUCCACUGGUAACUUCACCUGCUUGGAAGUGGUAUUCGUAUUGAAACGGCGACUCGGUUAUUAUCUUUUUCAUACAUAUGUUCCCACAUGUUUAAUCGUAAUUAUGUCGUGGGUCUCAUUUUGGAUAAAACCAGAAGCUGCACCAGCCAGAGUGACCUUAGGAGUGACAUCCCUGCUGACCUUAUCGACUCAACAUGCGAAAAGUCAAGCAUCUUUACCACCGGUCUCUUAUUUGAAAGCCGUCGAUGCCUUUAUGUCGGUCUGCACUAUAUUCGUGUUCAUGGCACUGAUGGAAUAUUGCUUAGUGAACAUCGUUCUCGGUGAUUCCGAUGCGCCGGCAGCGAAACCACCGCCACCACCGGCACCGCCAUCUUCUAGCACCACAGAGGCCGCUAAAAUCGAUAGAAUCUUCGACAUUGCGACUAAGAAUUCGACUUCAGGUCCACCACCGGGACCAACGCCGGCUCAAAAGGCAAGAAUGAGGGCCUUGAACAUCGAUCGGGUCUCACGAGUCUUCUUUCCUUUUCUUUUUGCUGUAUUAAAUGUCACUUAUUGGAUAAUUCUGAUGGAAGAUAAAAUUGGAAUAAAAAAAAAAGGUAAAAAUGAGAAUGUUAUAGGAAUAAUACCAGGAGGAAGCGUUUCGCCAAUGGAAAUAAUAACAAGACGUCAUAAUGGGCUAGGGAUGACCAUCCCACAACGAAGAGGUCCACAUCUCAAAAGGCUACAUCCCUGCGAACAAAGUUCAUGCUAUCCUGCAACAGGAAAUCUUUUGAUUGGCCGAAAAAAUCGUCUAUUUGCUUCUUCCACGUGCGGUCUUAAGUUUCCAGAAAGAUACUGCAUCGUUUCGCAUCUUAAGGAACGAAAAAAAUGCUUCUUUUGCGAUGCAUCUUUGUCGAAACAACAACACAAUAUCGAGAAUGUCGUUGACGGAACAAAUUCACGACACUGGUGGCAAGCCGAAAAUGGAAAAGAAUAUGUAACCAUAAGAGUUGAUUUCGAAGCUGAAUUUCAUUUCACUCAUAUCAUCAUCCGUUUCCAAACAUUCCGUCCAGCAGCUAUGCUAAUAGAACGGUCAUUUGAUUUUGGAAAAACUUGGAAGGUUUACAGAUACUUUGCGCAUAAUUGCGAACAAUCAUUUCCAGGCGUACCAACGCAUCAACCACGAAGUUUGACCGAAGUAAUAUGCGAAACGCGUUAUUCUGGGGUUGCCCCAUCAACUGAUGGUGAAGUUAUUUUUAGAGUAUUACCACGAAAUUUGGAAAUCGAAAAUCCGUAUUCGAUAGAAGUGCAAAAUUUGUUGAAAAUCACCAACCUGAGAAUAAACAUGACGAAAUUGCACACUUUGGGAGAUGACUUGUUGGACGAUCGUCCCGAGAUAGGGGAGAAAUAUUAUUAUGCAAUCAAAGAUAUGGUAAUUCGAGGGUCUUGUUCUUGCUAUGGACACGCAUCAAGAUGUCUUCCUUUAGCUGGAGUAACACACGAAGAAAACAUGGUACAUGGAAGAUGCGAGUGUACUCACAACACCACAGGAUUAAACUGUGAGAAAUGUGAAGAUUUCUAUAACGAUUUACCUUGGAAACCUGCGGUCGGUAAACAAACUAACGCGUGUCGACCAUGCAAUUGUAACAAUCACACAACUUCCUGUCACUUUGACGAGACGGUUUACGAAAAAUCUGGUAGAGUUUCCGGUGGUGUAUGCGAUGAUUGUCAGCAUAAUACGCGUGGUCAAAAUUGCGAACAAUGCAAACCAUUUUAUUAUCACGAUGUUAGUAAAGAUAUUACGCAUCCCGAAGCUUGUCAACCUUGUGAUUGUAACUUGAGUGGUUCUUUGGACGACGGCAUAUGCGAUUCCAGAACCGAUAUUCUUAGCGGCGAUGAGUCUGGUCGUUGUCACUGCAAAGCGAACGUAGAGGGCCGUCGUUGUGAUCGUUGCAAGAAUGGUUUUUGGAAUUUCAAUCCAGAAAAUCCUCAAGGAUGUCAAACAUGUACCUGUAAUACUCUUGGUACCAUCGACAACCAGGGUUGUGAUAUGAUAACUGGAGAAUGUACUUGUAAACGUUACGUCACUGCUCGCGACUGCAAUCAGUGUUUGCCAGGAUAUUGGGGGCUUUCUGAGGAUCCCGAAGGAUGUAAGCCUUGCGAUUGCGAUCCUGGUGGUUCAUACGAAAAUUCUUGUGACGUUAUUACCGGCCAAUGUCGAUGCAGACCUCACAUCAUUGGUAGAACUUGUAAUCAACCGGAACAAAGCUAUUAUACUGGCUCUUUAGACUUUUUAAUUUACGAAGGAGAACUAUCCAGAGCAACUGAAAAUUGUCAAGUUGUGAUAAGAGAACCUUAUCGCGACGGAAGAAAUAGUACUUGGACGGGUAUAGGAUUCAUGAAAGCUUUGCAAGACUCAACGCUCAACUUUACCAUCGAUGAUAUCCGUAGAUCUAUGUGGUACGAUAUAAUUGUACGUUAUGAACCACUACUAUCAGGUACAUGGGAAGACGUUCAAAUAAUUAUUGAAAGAGAUGGACCUGUGGACCCUAAUGGUCCUUGUGCCCAAUCGACACCAGAAUAUGAUCGAUUAUGGGUACAGUUACCAUAUCAUACAAGAAAUGCUGUUGCUCAACCUUCCGUUUGCUUGGAAAAGGACAAACAAUAUAAUGUCAUAUUGCAAUUCCGUAAAUUUAAUAGUCAUGUAGAUACACCAACAGCAUCUAUAUUAAUUGAUUCCAUUGUCGUAAAGCCUAGAAUAGAUGCCAUACCUUUCUUCAAUAAACCUGAUGUUGGUGAAUUACGUCAUAAGGAAUAUGAAUUGUGUAAUCAAGCGUUUAAUGAUUUCAAUUAUAUUCAGAAUAAUUUACCUAACAUGUGUAAAAAGUAUCAGGACAGUAUCGGUUAUUAUGUUUUCGAGGGUGCACAUCCUUGCGAGUGUAAUCCUACAGGAUCGCAUAGUCUUCUUUGUCAAAAUUAUGGUGGCGCAUGUCCUUGUAAAGUUAAUGUAGUCGGUAGACGAUGCGAUCGCUGUGCUCCAGGAACCUAUGGAUUUGGUCCAGGAGGAUGCAUACCUUGUGACUGCGAUGGUGUUGGUGCUUUGGACAACUUUUGUGACGUCGAAACCGGACGAUGCAAAUGUCGACCGAAUACUUAUGGUAGAACGUGUGGUCAAUGCGAACCAGGUUUUUGGGAUUUCCCACAUUGUCAACGAUGUCAGUGUCAUGGUCAUGCGGAUAACUGUGACUCUAAAACCGGAGCUUGUAUCAAUUGUCGUGAUUCUACCACUGGCCACAAUUGCGAUCGUUGUAUCGAAACAUUUUAUGGGGAUCCAAGAAUAGGGGUUGACAUUCCAUGCAGAGCUUGUCCUUGUCCAGGAACAUUAGAUUCUGAUCAUUCAUACGCCGAUAGUUGUUCCCUCGAUUCUGUAACACAGGAUGUAAUUUGUGAGUGUUACGAGGGUUACAGCGGUCCACGUUGUGAAAAGUGUGCUGAGAAUUAUUUCGGCAAUCCUGAAGUAUCAGGUGGAAGUUGCGACCCUUGCGAUUGUAGUAAUAAUACCGAUCUGAGUGUAGCUGGUAACUGUGAUCCACACAGUGGACGUUGUCUACAAUGUCUUUACAAUACCGAUGGACCAAACUGUCAAAUUUGUAAACCCGGAUUCUAUGGUGAUGCACUUAAGCAAAAUUGUCAAGAAUGUAACUGCGAUUUCCUUGGAACCGACAGAUCUUCUGGAACUUGCAAUCAUCAUACUGGACAGUGUCCUUGUUUGCCUCAUGUAGUUGGUCAAUAUUGCGAUACUUGCGAAGAAAAUCAUUGGAGGAUCGCUAGUGGCCAAGGUUGUGAUCCUUGCGAAUGUGACGCUAUCGGAAGUGUAUCUGACAAAUGUAAUCCUUUCGAUGGAAAUUGCGAGUGCAGAGCUGGUUUCGGUGGACGAAAAUGCAAUGAAUGUCAAACGAAUUUCUGGGGAAAUCCAAAUAUCGAAUGUACCAAAUGCGACUGUAAUCAAAUCGGUUCGGCAAGUCAACAGUGUGAUAGAGAAACUGGUGUCUGUGUUUGUCACAAAGGAAUAGGAGGUGAAAAAUGUGAUCAGUGUGACCGUGGUUAUCAUGGCGAAGCACCCCAAUGUAGCCCAUGCGGUGAAUGUUUCGAUAAUUGGGAUUUAACAUUGAACGAAUUGAAAAACAAAACAAACCUUGUCAUCGAUGAGGCUUCCAGAAUACAAAAAGUCGGUACUACUGGGGUUUAUAGUCAGGAAUUCGACGACAUGGUCAAUUCAUUGAACCAAGUACGCGAUUUGAUCAGUAACACUUCUAUCAAGAGUCAAGAUUUAGACGAAUUGACUAGUUUAGCCGAGGAUUUAAGUAAGAACGUAUCGGAUUCUGCUAAACGAUUAGAAGAAGUCGAUAAUUUGUUAGAAAACGUUAGUCAACGAGUUAAUCUUGGCGAUGUAGCGUUAAAAAAAUUGAAAAAUAGAACGAAUAGUUUGCAUCAAGGUGCUAUGGAAUUGAAAGAGAACGCUACGAUAUUGCAAGAGGAAAAUGUUCAAGGUGCGCUUAAUGUAACUCAACAAAUGGCCGAGCAAUCUUUACAAGCUGAAAAAAUGGCGAACGAUACGAACAACGUUCUAGCCGAUGCGGAAAGAUAUCGUAAACAUACCGAAAAUCUUUUAGCCAAAAAUAGUGCAUCGGUUAAUGAAGCUCAAGAAAGGAAUAAUGAAUCUUUAGAAAAAUUAAGCAAUAAGUUAAAUGCAUUGAACGGAGGUAUGCGUGAAUUAAAUACUCGAAUGUGCGGCGCAAAUGUCACAGAUUGUAGCGACGUUUGCGGCGGUGCUGGAUGUGGUUUUUGUGGAGGACUUUCAUGUGAUUUUGGUGCGAUAACAAUAGCUAAUCAAGCCUUGGAUAUGGCCAAACAACAGGCUGCUAAAAUUAAAGGCCGAAGGGAUGAGGCUGAACAACUAUUACGUAAUUUGACCAAAGUCAAACAAGACGCCAUGGCAGCAAGAUCGAAUGCACAAGACGCGUUUAACAAUGCUUUGGAAGCAAGAAAUCGUACCGAUGCGAUAACCAAAAGUUUGUCCGAUACUAAUAAAAGAAUUUGGAGUAUGUUGAACGAAGACCAACCAACGCCAACGAUGGUGAGAGAUUUAGCUAACAAAAUAUUGGUCAAGAAUAUACAAUUGAAACCAGAUGAGAUUACCCAAUUAGCAAAUCGCAUAAAAACAAUCGUCGGUUCUCUCACGGAUUCGGACAAAAUUCUUGAAGAUACAAAAGCCGAUCGCGAACUAGCUCAUAAAUUAGUGGAACGUGCUAACGAAGCUAAGGAAGCAGCGUUAAAGAAACAAAACGAAACGAACGAGAUCGUAUUGUCUUUGACAGAAGCGAAAAAGGCACAGGAAUUGGCCCAUACUGCGAUAGACAAAGCGCAAAGUGACGUGGCCAAAGCGCAACAAGAUUUAGGUUAUAUAGCUGUGACUAUUGAGGAAGCUCAAGCAAAAGCUAACGAUACUACCGAUUCCGUAAAAGCUUUGGACGCAAGACUACGACAAUUACAAACGCAAUCGGCUAAAAAUGCUUUUAUCUUGAAUCAAGAAAUCGAAGUUGAAACACGCAAAGUUGCCCAAGAGGCGCAUAUCGUCGAUGGUAAAACAAAACAAUUAGAAGAGGAAUAUAAAAAGGCUGACGAGUCUUUGAACUAUCGUGUCAAUAAGAGCAAAGGUGACAUACAAAGAGCGAAGAAAUUACUUCAAAGAGCUUCCGAAUUAACAGCUGACACGUCGACCAAAUUCAAGGAUUUAGAUGGUAUGGAAAGCGUUUACAAAGAAAACGAGAGAAUACUCGUUGAUCUCAUGACUGAGAUAGAUUCUCUAACCAUAGAAAUGGCGAAGCAUCUCGGGGAGAUUGAACGAAAGUCCCAAACUUACAGACAAUGCACUUCGUAAUGAUCAUUUAUUUAUAAUGUUUUGGACCAUUAGAAUCGUAUAAGGAAACCUCAUAAACAAUGGCGGUUUUAUUCUUCAAAGAGGUCGUAGGGUUACACCUUCUUGGGGUCUUCAUUAAAAUAAAUGAAUUAUGCACAAUUUACAUUCUUUCAUUUCAAUCGUUUAUGCAAAUGAGAAAAUACAUGGAAACACAAUGUCCAAAUUCGAUUAUAAUUUUCGAUAUACGAAUUGUGCAUGAAUCUGCCAUUGUUCAUAGGAGUACAUUAUUCGAUUCAAAAUUUUUAACAACACUAACUUUUAAUAAAGAGAUAAUAUCAUUUUCUAAAUAAUAAUGAAACUACGCAUAUCAUAUUAAUAUUCAAAAUAGUUUCUAUUACGAUGCAAUUAAUAUUAGAUUCUCAUAUCUUCUAAUUCAUACUUUCAUAAUACUCGAACCUAGAUACCGACGAGGAUCAGUUAUUUUUUUUUUACUACCAUAAUAUCUAACAAAAGUGUCAUGUUUUUUAUUGUGAAAUAAAAUCGAAUAUACCUUUACUUACAUUUUUAUAAUAUUAUCUGUGUACAUAUGUAGUUUAUAUAUAUAUUAUAUAUAAAUGCAUACAUAUCUAAGUAAAUUUGUAUCGCACAACAUUCGCCAUCAUUUAAUUACUAUAUUUUUCUAUAAUUAUCAUUUAAUAUUGUAAUGAAAGACAACGUUAGAUGUAACGUGAACGGUGGUAAUAGAAAGAAUUCUAACGAAUCUACGCAACGUCGAAAUACGAGAAGGAGAAAAUGAUUUAUUUUACGUAACAUUAAGAAAAUGAAAAAAAAAAAAAAUUUGUAAUGUUACGAUCAAACCAAAUGCUUUAGUAAAUAUAUAGGUAGAAUAUAAUAAAUGAAUAAUUUAUUAUAAAUAUACGUGCAAU